CAGUGGUAAAAUUCGUAAGAGCCAAGUGUCCAAACAAGGGAUCAAAGCGAGGGUACGUAUAUCCGGAGGUAUCCGCUCAUCUCCAUUACUCCUUCAAGACGAAUCUCGGUGCCGUGCGCAUGUAGCAUGACAUGUUGCCUUCUCUUCCUCCUCUUGCCUGGGCAUCCCACUCGUUCUUUGUGGAAUAAACACGGGUUACAUGUUCGCCGAGAUAUCAGCUUGCAAAUCCGACGAACCACUUCUGGCGUUGCUUGUAUCAAUGAGUCGCCGUCGGGAUUGACCUCGACCUUAUUGCCAUCCGAGGACUACCAAAGAGUAAUAUUGUGGACAGGGUGCCUGCAGAGCGGGGUCUCCGUAUCAGAAAUGAAAGUCGUGGUUCUAGCUUUCCUUAGAAAUAUUUCUUGCUACAGGCCGUCUUUCGUCUGUUUCGUGGGUGUGGGGAUAUGGAUAGUCAUCCGGAAAGCCCUGCGUCAGCUGCAGGUGGGGACGAAGGUAACGACUUGAGUAAUCAGGCCCAACUCGGGGCUAGUUCCUCGCAACGCAAAAUGUAACGCUCAGUCCUUGCCUACACAUGUAUUGUGAAAGUGCACAUUUCAGCACCAGAACCAAGUUGCGGAGUCUGGGCGGCGGUGUACCGGAAAUU